ACCUAGAAAAUUUAUUUCAUAACAGUUGUAAUUGUUGUAAAUAUAAUAAUUUUAAUUAAAAUUAAUGGAUUAAUUACCAAAUACAUUUUAAAAUAUAAUUGAGUAUGAAUAAAACACGUUUAUUAACAAAAAUAACUUCAAAUAAAUUAAAUAGAUCUGUCAGUACUGUCAAAAGACAAUCUCCAACCCAAUACUGUUUACAACUUGUCAGGAAACAUGACUAUGAAAAUUAUUUAUGUUCAUUACUGCUGCCUAAAAAUUUACAAUUACCAGCAAUAGCAAUAAGAGCAUUCAAUGUAGAGAUAUCUCUUGUCCAAGAACAUUCACGUGAACUAGCAAUAAGUAAUAUGAGAUAUACAUUUUGGAAUGACACAAUUGCUAAAAUAUUUGAUAAUAAACCACCUGAAGCUCCUGUACCCUUAGAAUUAUCACGAAUAUUGAGGACACAUAAAUUAUCUAAGAGAUAUUUUCAACGUUUGCUGGACGCUCGAUGGAAUAAAUCACAGUCAGCAUCGUUUCUAGACCUGGCAGCUAUAGAAAAAUACUCAGAAGACACAGUCUCGUCGAUUUAUUAUUUAUUAUUAGAAGUUAAAGACAUUAAAGACGUUAAUGUUGACCAUGUGGCCAGUCAUGUAGGCAAAGCGCAGGGUAUCGUAAAUUUAUUACGAUCAGUUCCCUAUCACGCGAGACGGAGGAAUCUUGUCCUCCCCCAAGAUAUCAUGAUGCAGAAUAACGUUUCAUCAGAGUCUGUCUUUCGUGGUGAGGCUAGCAAAGAUUUGAAUGAAGUUAUUUUUGCAGUCGCUUCACGUGCUCACCAACAUUUAGACAAAGCAAAAAACUUAAGGAAGAGUAUUAAAAAAAAUUUGGAUUAUAUUUUUUUACCAGCUGUCAUUGUUGAGAGAUUUUUAAAAAGACUUCAGUAUGCAGAUUUUAAUAUUUAUGACAAACAGUUACAUACUAAAGAAAAUAUGCUACCGUUUCAUUUAUGGUGGGCUAAAUUAUUUACUAAAUGGUAAUAAUAAUUAAUUGAUUAAUUAGUUAAUUAAUUAGAUAGAUUUUGUGAUGAAUCUUCUUGGAAAUUUUGUUACAAAUAAGAGUUUGUA